AAAUGACAUCAAAGAUGAGAUCAAACAUGAACUAGAUGCAUCGCUUCGUUGCAGAAUAGCAAGUUGGUAUUUUCGCCUCUGUCCGGAUUCACGGAGCAUCUUUAUGUUGAUUUGCAUACAACUGAUACUGACUUAUCUUUUAGCAUUCGCAGCUCGAAUCUCAAGAAUGCCAGUGGUUUGAUGUUGUAUGUUGCUAAGAAAGGCGGGCUUCACUCUCCUCUUGGGGGUGGACGCAGUAUCUUUCUGAGAAGUACACCGUCCUUGUUCGAGACGCUGGAAUCCGACCAGCAGGACUGCCGAUGAGUGUGGGUGCAGGGUUGGGUCCGCGAGCCGCGCGGGUUGCCAGAAGCAACAGCUGGAAACUGCCUCCAAAGAGUACCUUUUGGGAAUCAGUGCGCCCACCUGCGAAGCAAUCGACACAGCCGAGCAAGCGUAAGCGCGCAAGGAAUGAGAAGCAAGGCAGCGGAAGUGAGAUAGCGGACGCUGAUCGAAUUCUUCCGGAGCUACAUGAGGAAGAUGACUUUUACGUGUCUGCAGAGUCCGCGAGCGCGACCCACUCAGCGUCGGACACAUCGCCGUUUGCCAAUAACGAGUAUUUGCAGCAAGUGUCGGAGGUCGGUGAUGCCCGACAUCAAACGCGGCGUGGAAAAAACGAAAAAUACAGAGACAAAGCUCUUAGUACGUCAAAAUCUGAGCCCGAACCGCCUCGCAAGGCGUAUGACCAGGUUGACCACGACGACGAAGGAACAUGGGAUAUGGAUUCGGCAGAGCACUGUAGAUUAAGUCCAGAUUUUCGCUAUCAAUCUGGCUUGAGUUUGAGAUACUAUCCCGAAGGAAGUCAACGCCAAGGAAAUGGGAAUAUCUAGGGAUCAAUUUCAACUCAGGUUACUUAUGAUAAAAAUGCGGAAGCUACUAUUUCUAAGUACAAAUACAGUUACAGAAGGUAUCACGUCGGAUAAUGGAUCACUAGAUGCAGAAGCUUGGGAAAAGUCUUUUGCGUCGGAGAGGAAUUCUUCAGUUUCAGCGGUCGCAACCAGCAUCUUUGGGAAGGGUGCUGAUGCUCUCUUAUCGUCUGUAGCGUCCAUCUCGUGUCCAGCGUUGUCGAGUAGGCGCCAUCAACGAGUAGUACAAGCACAUGCGGAAGAUGAUGUUGAGGUGGAAGGUAUUACCACGACAAUAGGUGAAGAAAAUACAUCUGCUAGCACCUGGAGGAGGUCAUCCGAAGUGAGUGCCGCAUCCAAUGAUCAUCCACAAACAGCUUCCUCGUCUAGCACCUCCGUUUCAACUAUAACGCUUCCGCAGAAUCCAGCAGUGCGUACCUCAAAUGACCUUGUGGAAAUGCAAAUGGCUGAGGAAGCAGUAUCGUUGAUGACGCUACAGCCUGACCAGAUCGCGCUCAACGAUGACCUGGUGCAGGCCAAGACGACGGGCCAAAUUCUAAAUCUUAUGCGCGCCGCGUUUCGUAAGGACGAAGUCGCUUUGCUGGCGAGGGAAGAGGAGAUGACUACAGCAAAGGAAAUUGGGCAACUAAGAUCUUCGUCACCAAUUAGUACCGCAGAAACAGACUCGAUAAUUGCUGGAAGCAAACAAGGCUCACAAACACGAGGUAGUUCUGUGGAUGCUGUAAACCUCUGCACCGCCCUUCAUCGUCUCGCAAAAGUGACUGGUGUGUCACAGAACUCGGGUUCGCGGGCGAGGUUGGUAACGCAGCCUGAGUUUACGCAGUUGUUAUCCGCUUGCGGAGACCGGGUGGACGCUUUCUCGGCACGCGGCUGCGCGAACGUGCUGUACGCUCUGACACGACUCCGCCACGUGCCCGUAUGGAUGCCGAAACUCUUGAAGAAAGCGGAAGAGUCUUUACCGUUCUUUGAGCCCCAGCAGCUUUCUGCGUGUAUCUACUGUUUAGGAAAGGCACCCGCGUUGUACGCGAGUCAGCAGGGUCUCGCGCUGCGCGACGCCUGCCUAGAGCAGUCGCAGGCGGCAGCUUCGACCUUCACGACACCAAUGGAAAUCGUCGGGGUCGCAACGGGCCUGUCAAGACUGCUGAAAGAUCAUCGGCCUGCACGUGGCGCUCGUGGAUUACGCGGAACUAAACUGCGGGGCAUUCAGGAGCUGGCCUCUUCCGGAGGAGGAGGCGUGUCGGACUAUCUCGCGUUGCCCGAUCCCGCCGGACAGGGUGACUCAGCUUUGGCGAAUACAGCAACAUCUUCACUAAGCAGAAUUGUCACGACAGGCGUGCUCGAUUCGGGUGGAGGAAAACAUCUUGUCUCAGCAACGUCUAGCACCGCAGUUGUUCCUCACGCGCUCGUCGCCAGUAGUUGUCCUACUAUCACAGCUGGGGCUCGCAUUUUGGGCGUGUUGGCGGAGAAAGCGUGCAGUCUGAUGGACGAGUUUGAUCUGGCCCAAUUGAGUUCAUUGUGUUGGUCGUUCGCGAACUUAAUCAACCGACCAGGCCUCGAUGUGCAGCAGAGGGGCGGCAGUUCAUCGCGCAACGGGGCAGGUGAUAAUCUUGCCGCACCGCAUUUGGCAUCCUUCUUUGCUCGUACGAAGCCAUUUUUUCAGAAAGUGCGGUUGCGGAUUGAACGCGACGUGGAUCACGAGCAGAUGACCCCGAAGAUCCUCGUGCAGUUUGUCUACGCACUGUCGAAAGCUGGUGAGGCCGACGAGGAUUUGUUUCGUUUUGUCCUCGCACCCAGCGUUCGCUCUUUUCUUCUCGAUUUUGAAACCAAGGACUUGUGCGCCGUUAUUUGGGGAUUCAGCAACGCGCGUGUGCGUGACGAGGCUUUUUUUGAGGACGUAGUGGCGUCUCUGUCCCACAAAGUGGCGCACAUGAAUGCCCACGAUGUGGCGGCGCUAGUUUUGGCGUUUGCCGCCGUUGAUUUCCGCGCGUCGAAUGCCUUGUACAAGAAGCUGGCUGGCCAAGCGAUCACGCUGGCGCCCACUUUUUCGCCAAUGCAGCUUACGCGCGUCAUCUGCGGGUUGGGGCUACAAAACCACAGAAAUCCACGGGUUUACCAACGGCUCUUGGAGCAGGCGGAAACCAAGAAGAGACUUCUCUAUCGUACGAACGUGGUGGAUAUUCUGCGCGGUCUCACGGCCAUCGAGUACCAUCCCAAGGAGCACCUUUCGUGGCUUCUGGCGGCAGCGAGCUCAGGCCUCGACAAACUACCAUCUGAGGAGGCUAUAGGUAAAACUACUUCGAGAACAAUAGCCUUCAGCACGUAUUUAUUCACUGUCGUCUGAACAGGUUCGUAUGCUUUUCGUGAUGAUUCGCAUCGAAGUAAUUAAUUACCUGUUUUCCUUGAUGCUCUCGUCGCAUGAAUCAGGUGGUCGAUUCCCACUUUGAUGGGUGGAAUACUACACAGCUCUUCUUCAUUAUAUCGACAUCACGUACAGAAGACGUAGACAAUGUAGCAAUCACAUCAACAACAAGUUCUACUCGUUCAUUGAACAGGUAAGAACUAAGAAUGAUAAAGAUAAUGAAACUACCCAGAGACCACGACCAGAGUCUCUACCUUCUUGAACUUUUGUCAGCACUGCUUGUGAUCCUUAGUAAGUUAAAGACUGCUGGCUAUCGAGAAGUAGAUCCUGCCUUUGCGGAUCGAGCUGUUGAGUCGAUCCGUAACGACAGUCGGGGCGCAUGGAGAGCGCAUGCCGGCUGUGUGGCUGAUUUACUUGGCAGCAUGCGCAGGCUUCGGCUAAAUGUUGACGAUUUACUGCUCGAAAUUAUGGUGCGGCUACUGCCGUACACAAUACUCGAGAGUACGAGGGAAGAUUUUCCACGUACUUAACCUUCGGCUCUGAUAGAUAUUUAUUGAUAUAUAUUCGAUUGGUUGUUUUUGUAGUUCUUGUUCUUACUUGCGCCUUUUUAUUGAGUUUGACAGGUACUGGAAAUGUGCAUCUCUAUCUUUCGUAUCGACAUGAAGGUGAAUCUUUCGCCCACUUUCAGGUCUGCUAUACGAGCUGGCUGCCUGCUUUCCUCAUGGAAGUCGUUCUCAGCUCUUGCUUCGUACUGCGAUCCACCGUCAGCCACGAAUCUUGACAGCCCUUCUAGAACGGAUGGGCCCUAUGCUUGAGGAUGGCAUUGAUGCGCGUAGCGGCAUUGAGCUGGUCCGCAUUCUAGCCAGCAUGGGUAUUGAUACACGGCACACGCGCUGGUUGAUCCAGUUUCUGGAAGACAGGCUUCUGCCAGCGCCAUCACGGAUUCCGGCUAGUUUUCAGAGAAAGCACGCAGAACAAGACCCCGAAGCAGAGACGGGAAGCGAGCAAAGGCCUCCGACAGAUGAAAGCAAAGCUAGACGACAAGAGAGGCAUCAUAGUGAAGUAGACCAUACGAGCUCUGUCGUUGAGGAUCAAGCUAGUUGUGUCAUGGGGCAACCACCAGACUUCGACACGUUUUUAAACAAUGCCACAAGUAGCAAAGCCGAUACGCUAGGUGGGGGAGCUGGAAUGUUCGAUGGCGUUGUCGAUGUCGACGUGACGCGGAAGCCUUCAAAUGCUGUUGGAGACCCGAACUCUCUACAGAUGGACGAGUGGAUCGAUUUGUGUUGGAGUUUGUGUGAGUUGAAUUGGAAUCUGGCUUUUGCGCGUCGAGUGGUGAAUAGGGUCUUGCGCAUUGCAUCCUCGAUGCCUACUUGUUCUGGAGAUCAUGCCACUGCGGGUGAUGGUGUCGUGGAAUUCUCAUCACCAGACGAAGGAGAAGGCGAAAAACAGAAUUCUUCGUCGAUGUCCUUGUACCGCCUUUCCGAGGCUUCGCCAGCUGCGGUGCUCAAAUUCGCAUUCUGUUUUGCGGUUCUCAGCGAACGCAUGCCCUCUAUCGUCAUUGCCGAAGUUGUUCGAAAUGGCCUGCCGAUGGACAAACUGAUGCCACUUGCGCAACCCGUGGCGUUCGAGAUUCAGGAGGACGACGUGACAGACCUGGCCCGUCUAGACGGGCGCACAGAAAUGGUACGACAAGAGGGCGAAGGACGUGUUGCAGAAGAUAGCCGCGAUGAACACAGACUAGGAGAAUUAUCUUCAGGGAGUGAAAGUGAUCCUUGUUUAAUGAACGAAAUGACACCGCUGCAGAUGAAAACCUUGGAGUGGCGGGCGCAGGUCCGCGGUUAUCUCCGAGACGAACUUCAUGGCAACUCGAGGCCUGCUCGGGCAGAGCGACAGCGCGACAAAGUGCGGCCCAAGGAAUACCCACACGAGACCUGGCUUUCGGACACGCUCGUGACGCUGCGAACACCGCACCAGCGAAGUUUUUUGGUCGACAAUCUCUACCGUGUUGCGAUCGCCUUUUCGGAUCAUAAGACCUGCAUAGACGUGCUCGAUGCACGCGACACGAGUGCGCCGGACCGGAGAAUGUGCGGUGCUGCUGUGCUGCGCCGCCGACACCUCCACGAGUUAGGCUGGGUCGUUCUGGAGACCGACUUGCGCACGCUCUGGAAGCACAUGCGGGAUAAAACGAUUCGGUCCUACGUAUCCGAACUUGUUGGCGACCUCACUGCGCUCAAGAUGCACCGCUUCGCGAAUCCAGACCCCAUCAUGAAGGAAAUUUUUGAUAAGCCCAUUUAGUGUCGGCCUCGGCAGUCUGGAACUGGAUCCCUAGACGUACGUCACUCUUGCAGAUAAAAAGAUAAAACUAGCGAUUUUAUUACUUUUCAUCUAGUGGCACAUAUAGUUGCCACCACUACUUACUUUUUGAGAACUUGUUUUGGUUGUCUAUCCUACUUCAUGCAACGCGUGCGCAGUGCUUAAUUGCCUGAUCGUAAGUAAUACGGGAACAGUCUUCUCGGUCGCGUAGAAAUAUAACGAAAUAGUAGAGGUUUUUUUCAGAAAAGACGAAGACCAUUGAAUCAUAUCAAUAUAUACUUAUAUCUGAAUCUGUGAUGAAAUAAAACAGAAAGAGGGAGCCCGAUAAAGCCGGGAAGGGCAACAAGGCACUUGCUCAAAAAUGUUACAGUCGACAAGAACUUUUUUAUCCAAAUAUUUUUCGCCAAAUCACAAACUCCAUCCUAGAAGUAGAACACAUGGUGCUUCUACUACCUAGUGUAAGAUAGACGCAUCCAUUCGCUCGCGUCUAUAAUAACGCCUAAACAUCAUGUGGAAGAGGUAACUAUUUCCCUAUCAAUAAGUCGGAAAUGCCUGGUUAGGAUUUUCCCCGCUAGCCUCCCUUGUGUGAGCAGCUGUUGUUAUACAUAAUGAUAAUGCAUACGCGCAGUUGAACAAGCA